CCAACUCGGCAUUACCUCUAAACUUCUUCCUUUUUCACCGACGGAAAAGAGGGUCGCGACAUGGAACAAUGGAAAAUCUUUGGGUUUGUCGGACACAUCCAUUCACGAUGUGCUGGAAUUAUGGCCCUCUCUAUAUUUUUAGUGAUUUGAUGGGCCAUCUUUAUUAUAGCUUUUCUUUUCUGGAUUGUAGAUACAUAGAUAAGCAUGCAAUCAGCCAUUGGAAAAAUUGGCAACAUUGCUAUUCUCUUGAUUCAAGAACACAGAAAAUUUGGGAUUAUGUUGGGGACACUUAUGUUCAUCGGCUUAAUCAAUCGAAAGCUGCUGGCCAGCUUUCGGAGAUGAAUUUGAACCACUUGAAGGAGAUUGUGGUAGCUGUGGUUGUAGAGAGGAUUUCGAAAUUAGUGGGGCUCUCAUCAGUAGCAAAAUUGAAGCAUUGGGUUCAUGUGCCCUCGUAUUUGUAUGCUGUGAAUGUUUUUGUUAACCAAUUCUACUUUCCAUGCAAAGAUUUGGAGUUUGACUCAGUUAAGUGAGAUGUUUGAAGUUUCCAGAUGCAUGAUGCCUUUUCCGUUUUAGUUGCUGACAGAUGACAACGCAAGAUUCUGUUUCGGGUUUUCGGGUUUUCUGCUUGACAUGUUCAUUUUGUUGGCCAGAGGUCACAUGUUCAUUAUUGGGCCUGCAAUAUGUAUAUUACCUCCGUUGUAAUUGUGUGAUUUUCCUCGUUUACUCUGAUACUAAAGAUAUACCUUUUUGCAGAUGCACGCCGGCUAUAAUCAUCUAACUUCAACUCAGCUGGAAGCGCAAAAAAAACAUUAUGAAUCUCAUCUGUUAGAAGCGAAAAGUAGAAGAGAAACUUCCAAACUGAAAGCAGUCGAGAAAGCAGUGACUUCAAAGAUUCAAGACAUCCGUACUAAGCUGGAGAAAUUGGGUGAGGAAAAGGCGGCCUUGGCAGAGCAUAAUCAGACUCUUAUCAAGAACCAAGAUCUGAUGCGGAAAAAGGUUAAGGAAAUUGAAGAGAGGAAAACUGUGUCACUGAAGUCAAAGGAUGAGAAGACACAUGACUUGAAAGAACAGAUCAGAGAUCUUGAAGUGUUUAUCAAAACCCAAAAAAAAGUCGCCAAAAUGGAUGAUAAGGACGGCGUCAAAGGAGGAACCUUGUUACCGGUCCCUUUGGAGCCAUCAACCUCAGCCAAAAAGAAGAAGAAGACCAUUCGAAGAAGGAAAUAAGCUGGCGUGUUGGUCUGAACCUUGUUCCAUCAGCGUUGAAUGCCAUCAUGGUAAAAGAGUGACCCUGUGCAUCAUAGUCAACUCUUGACCCCAUGUUGUCAUAAAGCCAAGCCUUAAUAAUCCCAUCUGUUGCUGUUGAGAUGAUGAACUACACAAGAAAAAAAAAUGUAUAAUCAAUUUGAACAGAUAGAUGACUUCUUCAGACA